AUGGCUGUCCAGUCCAGGCGUUGUUUGGACAAAGGGCAGGCUGCAUUGCAUCGACCUGUGGUUCUUCAUCCACCACCGGUGCAUCUGCCCAAGUGGUCUAUUGGUGCCUUCUGUUCUGGUUUUGCACUGGGUGUGGCUUUUGCCUCGGAGAUCCGUUUUACGUUGGAGUUCCAACCUGGUGCACCUUUCCAGCAGUCUAUCAUCAAUUCAAUCAUGGCUCCAUUCAACCUGGAUCAAUUGGACUGCAGCAUUAAUGAGAUCAUCUACCCCACUGCUUGGCCGAUUGGCUUCGGAGGCGACCCUGACCUCAUCGACCUUCCUACUCACUGGGUACCUUGGGACGACGACAUUGUUUCUACAUCCCAGUACCAUUUCUAUGUCGCUGACCUCGAAGUGUACGAAUCCAUGGCUGCCGUGGCAACUGCAACAGACAAUCAUCUUUCUAUGGUACCUGCAGGUGUCCCCUUUGACUUCCGCAUGGAGACCAUUUUGAUUGUGCACCAGUUGCCAUUGAUGCAACUCAUGGAGCUUGCGGCCCAGUCAGCUGACAGGAUCAUUACCUUGGAACGACGUCUGGGUGACGCUGAGGCAGCCAUUGCACAGAUCCGUUUCCAUCUUGGUAUUUGA